AAAUCACACAUCACAAUCAAACCAAUCAUUUCCCCCCCUCCCAUCACUGAUUUCGAAAAAAUAUUUGGCGGCGUCAUUUCUUAUUUUUGCGGGGAGAUUGUUUUGGAUAGAUAAUACGCGGCAUCAAGAUUGCAUGAUACGUACAUUAUAGUUCGUCCAUGCUAUACGAUCUAACAACCUGAUUCGAUCAUAGGGGCACCAUUACAACGGUUGCCCAAAGAUCACAAACAAGAUGGCUGCAACUACGAUGAGAAGAAAGGGUAGCAGUAGCGGAGGAGACCAUUCUAUGGGCACACAAGCAGGCAACCAAACGACCUCACACGGAAAGCGUGCAAGCGUAGGAGGCGGUGGUACGCAUAGACAAAGGUUUGUAGAUCCUAGCUUGAUGAUGUCCACGAAAGGAUCAGAUGAAGGAAGACCCUUAGGAGGGGCACAUGCAAAGAACAAGUCAUCCGAUCGAUUACAUCGCAUCGGAGGUGGAAAUAGUAGUACCAACCUAUCACAUUCAAAACGAAGCAAAUCCUAUUCACAAAUUAUGAAUGCUACCGGACAAAGCUCUAACAAGAGCAAAUUAAAAAGGGGCAAAAGUGAAGGGCAACCAAAUGCUCAACAAGAAAAUGAAGACGACGAAGGUUGGACAAGUGCAGAUCAAACGACUGAUACAGAUACGUCAGGUAACCCAAAAUCGCAGGAUGAUAGCGAGGAAGAACCAGAUGAAGGUCUGGUAUUUGGCAACAAGAACGCCAAAGGCAAGGCAAAAGCUACAGCCAAAACUCAUGAAGGCUUUCAGAUAGGCAAUGAUGCUAACCAAGCAUCCUCAGAGCAAAUCACUACACCACCUGUCACCCAGCCCGACCAAACGCCUCUUGCAAAACCAGUCACAAUCACAGACGAUGAGCCCAUCCCUCUCACAACACCUCAAUCUGUCAGUCAUCAGAAAGUCCAAAUCACUGCUGAAAAGGCUCCUGAUGCUCAACACACCCGUCAAUCGUCCGAUGAGACCUUGGCUGUGACGCCCAGAGAAGAAGCUUCUCGAGCAGUCUCUUCCAGUCCAGAAGAGCAAAAGACGAUUGAAAGGCGACCAGCACUUCUCUCGCGUCACACAUCAUCUGCUUCAACGCAUACGCUCACAGGAUUCAGAGAUGAUGUGAGGGGAGUUACAUCGUCACCUAUCUCUACACGAUCAGCUAAGAAGAGGAUGUCUUUGCUGCCACGAGAAUCGUCCAUUUAUGCUCAACCUCAACUAAGUACGGAAUAUGCAUUUGCUGGUGGAAGGCAUGGAAGUGAGGGCGUUCCUGGAAGCAGUAAAAGUAGUAGAAAUGUAGGUCAUCGCUCUUCUGAUUCAAAUCUUGGUACUGGAAUCACUGUCAGUCCCAGUGACUCUAGCCGAUUACAUGAUCGUAUUUCAGAGUCAACACCACACUACCGAUUUGGAACGACUGAUUCGAUGGAAAGAAGAAGAAAGUCGAGUGUGAGCAGCUCAAGAUCAAGUUUUAUCAACCUACCGGGCGUUGCGCCUACUUUGGGUACAGUCUCUCAUGAUUCUAUCAAGGCAGAAUCGACAGGAGCUCAAACUUCUAGAGCUUUGGAAGCUAUGCAACGUGCUUCGAUUGGAGCAGCCAAUUCAGUCUCUUCGCAAUCUGCUUUCUCCUUACCUCAUGAUCGUGAUCAGGCUAGAAGAAGCCUAUCUUUCGAAGGCGGAAAGGGUGCGAUUAGUAGCCCCAGCAGUACGGGUCCAUCUGAAGCAGCCCGUUUGGCGAACAAAUUACGAAUGACAAGAGGUAAAAGUGGCGAUGACGUAAGUACCGGAGCAUCGAUGCCAAGUACAGCUUCGCAAAUGUUGGCGAAUAGCGGAACGAAGUACUUUAUGGGCAUCAAAGGUGAUGGACCAACGGCUAAAUCAUUAGCACGGUAUAACAAGCCAACGGUCAGUGUUUUUGUUAAUCGACAAGACGAUUUCAAAAGUGCAGAAGAGACGGUGGAACGUGGUAGUCUAUUUGAUGAAAACUUUACUCGUGCAAGUGUUGGACAUGCAAAGAUUCCAGAACAUGAAGAAGAAGAAGGUCAUGGGAUAUCAUCGAGGGAUGAUAGUGGAACUGUUACCCCGUCUGAUGGCACCACUGUUCGAUAUGUGAUGGAUUAUGGUCUUAGUGGUCCAGCUAUUCAAAAAUCGCAAACUAUUCAAGCAUUAUUAGCGACUUGCAUUGACAAUGACGAAUUUGAAUCAUCCUUUGCUCCCGCUUUGGCCAAUGCCGCUGGCUUGGGUGAUAGUGGCAGUCAUGGCAGAGGUAUUUCAGCGGGAACUUAUGCAGGUCAAGGUGAAGGUGCAGGAUUGGGUGCAGGAGGCAUUUAUAUCAAUGGACCUAAUGCCACUCCAUUGCAUUUCAUUCAUGGGCUCACAAAUACAAAUGACAGUCCAUUCCCACUUGACGAAAGCGAAAUGAACGGCGGAGGAGGUGAUCAUGGCAUGUUGGACAGUAAUGGUCAAGAUGGCGAAUAUGUUGAUGCCAAGAAUUUGCGGGCCGUUGCGUUGACUUGGGCUGCAUUGAAUGCGACAAAGAAUCACAUUGUGACAAGAAGAUAUGUUGAUCCGAUGCGUGAAAGUAUUCAACGUGUUGCACUUGCGGGCGGUAUGAAUAUCAAUCCGGAUUCACAAUCGACAAAUAAGAAUGAUCUUAUUGGCUUAAAUCAUCAUGCCAGCGGAUCACAUGGAGAUUCUUAUUACGCGUCUGGACGUUCUGGAAAUAGCGGAGCGAUGACGCCGGGAGGCACAUUGAAAUGGGGAUGGCGUCACUUGUUCCAAGAACAUAAUUGAAUGAAGAGCGAUUCAAUUCUACCACGAAUUUUCGUUUUUGAUAUCAUUGUACUUGUAUGUUAAUCAAUGC